CUUGCCUCUUGGCGCGAGGACAUCUGGUUGGUAAACGCGAAAGCAUGCCUGCAAGAUUGUGUUGUUUGUUAGCCAUCUACUACCUGCCUGUGUGAUAACGAGAACAUGCUGAAUUGAGAUUUCACAUACAGCACUCUACUAUCGGAUAGGCAUUUUGGCUUUUUAUGGCUACACACUCGCAUGAUUUCUCAUUUGUUAUUCGCUGGCGUCUGUGACUGGUUGCUGGAGUAAAUUAGCCAGCUUAGCUUGACAAAAUAGGUCAGUUUUGAUACAUCGCUAGCUAGCUAUCAGUUGUGCCAACUAGGCAACGAUACUUGAGAAAGCGUUUCACACUAGCUAGCUAACAGUUUUAUCACCUCAAAGAAUGGUGGUGUUGAAAAGUGUUCCACCUCCGAGUGAAGGAGUCCGGCAUGAACAAGCCGAAACCACAGCAGUUUUGGACGGCAAAGGACUUGGAUCAGGAACUCUUUACGUCGCUGAGGCGCGCCUGUUUUGGUUCGAUGGAUCUGGAAUGGGGUUUUCUCUAGAAUACCCGUUAAUCAGCCUCCAUGCCAUCUCCCGUGACCUGAGCGCCUAUCCACAAGAGCACCUGUACGUCAUGGUCAACGGCAAAUUGAGCGAUGAUAAUGAGGCAGAAAUCCAAGAGCAUGCUCCGGAGGAGGAGAAUGAAGAUGACAGUGACAGCGACAGUGACACAACUAUCACAGAAAUCCGCUUUGUGCCAAGUGAUAAGUCCGCAUUGGAGCCCAUGUUCUCUGCCAUGUGUGAGUGUCAGGCCCUUCACCCAGACCCAGAGGAUGAUGACUCCGAUGAUGACUUUGAGGGGCAGGAGUAUGAUGUGGAGGAGGCCGAGUCUGAAGUCAGAAGAAGUUUAGAGCAAGGCCAGGGUGAUGUGCCCUCGUUCUGCACCUAUGAGGAGGGUCUGUCUCAUCUGACAACCGAGGGCCAGGCCACUCUUGAGCGGCUGGAGGGGAUGCUGGCCAAUUCUGUGGCCCAGCAAUUCAACAUGGCCGGCGUCAGGACCGACGAGCCCUCAACCGAGUUUGAGGAUGGUAUGGAGGUGGAUUCAAGUUCAGCUGUUGCUGGACAGUUUGAUGAUGCAGAUGUAGAUCACUGAUAGAUCUGAGCAAAGCUGAUGGAAGCACUUAAGGGCUCUGUAUGUAGUUGAAAAGGGGAGUGCCCAUCCCGACGCUCUUACCCACAGCACUUCCUCAGGGAGUUCUCUCUGCUUCCAGUGUAACUGUUCUCCCCCCGUUACAGUCCCAGCCUCCUGCUUCACACCCCUUGUGUUUUCAGUGUCUGUGUUGUUUUUGUAUUCCUACCCAAAUGAAGAGGCAGUAUUCAUGUAUUUGUAUGAGCUGUCAUAAGAAUAAAUAGUUUUUUUUUUGUACUAA